UUGCUUCAGAAAGCUCAUCAGUUCUUUUUCUCUCGCAUGGCUGCUGAAAGGCUCAUCCCUCUCUGGGUCUUCUUUCUUUUCUUAUACCCAGUAAAAUCUGAUCUAAACGAUGGUGGACUCUUGCUGAGCGGAUUCAGCGACGGGUUUAUCACUAGUGCUGCAAGAAACAACAUGAGCUUAAACGGCGUUGCAGCGUUUGAGAACAAUGGCGUGCUUCGUCUAACAAACGGCUCGCUCCAAGCUGUCGGCCACGCGUUUUAUUCAUAUCCAAUCCAAUUCAAGAACUCCAGCGGCGGAGUCAUGUCCUUCUCCACCGCAUUCGCUUUUGCUAUAAUCACCGAGCAUGGGGCACGCGGCGAGGGCCUCGCUUUCACAAUCUCUCCCACAAAAGAGCUUCCCGGGGCCGCUCCGGGCCCUUAUCUCGGCCUAUUCAACGCCAGCGAUGAUGGGAACUUCUCAAACCACAUACUUGCGAUCGAAUUGGACACUUUCAAGGACCCGGAGUUGAAUGACCUCGAUGACAACCAUGUCGGCGUCGACAUCAAUAGCGUAGUAUCGAACAAAUCUGUUCGGGCUGUGCAAUUUAUGGGUAGUGAUACGAGGAAGGCAGACCUCGACUUGAACAGUGGUCGCGUAAUUCAGGCUUGGGUGGAAUAUAAUUCGCAGACGAAUCAAUUAGAUGUAAAGGUUUCGGCGGAUUCAGCUAGACCCAGGUCUGUACUCUUGUCCUAUAACGUGAACCUCUCGGAUAUUCUUCAAGAAUCCAUGUACAUCGGGUUUUCUGCUUCAACUGGUUCGGACGCGAGCUCGCAUUAUAUCCUGGGCUGGAGCUUCAACGUGAAUGGAGAUGCUAACAAUCUUUAUUUAGAUAAACUCCCUCAGCUCCCCACUGGGAGUACCAAAAAGAAUCACACGGGAUUAAUUGUUGGUGUCUCAGUUUCAGGUGCUUUGGCUGUGAUUUUGGGGAUUGCUUUGACGUUUUACAUCGUCAGGAGGAAAAAGAAGGCUGAUGUGGUUGAGGCAUGGGAGCAUGAUAUUGGUCCGCAUAGAUAUCCUUACAAGGAGCUGAAGAAAGCAACAGGGGGUUUCAAAGACAAAGAGCUAAUUGGGUCUGGUGGGUUCGGUCGAGUUUACAGAGGAACUCUGCCAAACUCAGACACCCAAGUUGCUGUCAAGCGUAUUUCCCAUGAUUCAAAGCAAGGUUUGCAAGAAUUCGUGUCGGAGGUUGCUAGUAUUGGCCGUCUUCGUCAUAGAAAUUUGGUUCAAUUGGUGGGCUGGUGUCGUCGGCAAGGUGAUCUACUACUUGUGUAUGAGUUCAUGCCGAAUGGAAGCUUGGACAAGUACCUGUUUGAUGACCAGCCUAACAGAAUCCUGAGCUGGGAGCAAAGGUUCAGGAUCAUCAAAGGUGUGGCUUCUGGGCUUUUAUAUUUACACGAGGAGUGGGAACAAACUGUAGUUCACAGAGACAUCAAGGCAGGAAAUGUGUUAUUGGAUUCAGAGUUCAAUGGAAGGCUGAGUGAUUUUGGUCUUGCUAAGCUAUACGAGCACGGCUCCAACGCAAACACCACAAGGGUGGUGGGCACGCUGGGUUAUUUGGCGCCUGAGCUCUCGCGCACAGGCAAGCCUACAACCAGCUCCGAUGUUUAUGCCUUUGGCGCUUUGUUGCUGGAAGUGGUAUGCGGUAGAAGACCCGUGGAUCCUAAAGCACCGCCGGAGAAUCUGAUGCUGGUGGACUGGGUGUGGGAGAAGUGGAGGGUAGGAGAAAUUCUUGAUGUUGUUGAUCCAAGGAUGGAGGGAAAGUUUGAUCAAGUUGAGGCUGUUUUGGUGUUCAAACUGGGUUUGAUGUGUUCCAACGAUUCACCUGAAGCACGACCCACGAUGAGACAGGUGGUGAGGUACCUGGAACGCGAGUUGGAGAUGCAGGAGCAGGUGGCGGAGCCAUACAGGAAAACAAGUGGUGCUGCUGAGGAUUAUCUGCAAUUUUAUCCUAAUACUUCUGCUUCGCAUUAUGAUGCUGAAGCUGGUUUAAGCUCGCCAUUUUCAUCUUUGAGUACCACCAGAUCAGGUGAAGGUAGGUAGGCAUGAGAGAGUUCCAAGCUCCUCGAUCUACAUGGUUUUGGAUGUUCAGGUUUCGUUUUUUUUACUAGCUAGGCUUUGAUUUUUAACCUUCGUUUAACGAUCACAGUUGUACCUUUUUAUCUGGAAGUAAAUAAAUUAUAAUUACCAUC